ACUGUCAGACUACUGGAAGAAAUCAUUCAUAUACAGCAUGCCGUUUCCUGCAAGAAUCAUGUCUAGCAAUAAAUUUUUUAACAUCUGUGCGGGGCUCCAUCUUAAUGAUCCCAAAGUGCUCGAAGAGAAUGAAAAGAAGAGGGGAACACCUGAAUACGACCGCCUGUGUAAGAUCAAACCGCUGUACCAGGACAUGAGGGACGCCUGCAGAGCCUCUUUCCAUCCCUCUCAGAACAUCUCCAUAAAUGAACGAAUGGUGGCAUCGAACACCAAAAAUAUACUCCUAGAGUACAUGGAGGACAAACCUACAAGAUGGGGGUACAAACUUUUUGUUCUGGAAGAUUCCCUCUGUGGUUACACGUGGGACUUCUUCAUUUAUGAAGCGAAGGUCUAUUCAGAGAACAGCAAUGGCAUUAGUUAUGACUCUGUCAUGAGUCUGGUAAAUGAAAAGUUGUUGGGAAGCGGCUACAAGCUGUUUGUUGACAACUUCUACACCAGUCCCAAGCUCUUCAGAGAUCUGCUGCAAAAAAAAGAUCUGGGCUUGUGGCCCCGUUCGCGCAAACCGCAUUGGCCACUUAAAGACAGUGGCUCCUCGUGGCAAUAUUCGCUGGUUUAGGGAAGACGAUCUGCUGUUUGUUGAGUGGAAGGACAACAGGGACGUGCUGAUGUGCUCAACCUUUCAUAAAGCCUUUAAUGGGGACUCCAUUAAGAGGAACGUGAAAGGAGCCGAUGGAAUUUGGGCCAAUCAGGAUUUCCCCGUUCCAGGCGCAGUGCUGGACUACAAGAAGCACAUGGGAGGAGUGAAUCAGUCUGAAGCUUUUACAGGAUAUAGCACAGCUUUGAAAAAAAACAAACAAAUAUGGUCCUUUUUUAACUAUUUUGUGGACAUCGCUGUAGUCAAUGCCUUCAUUUUGCACCAGCAGAUGGCCAAGAUGAAGAACCAGAAGCCUCUGACUCAGAAGGUCUUCCGGGAGACACUUGUUGAAGAGCUUGCGGGAACAAUAAAUGCAUCUGCUCCUGUACAAGAAGAUCUUACAAAUUCCCACCUACCCAUAUUCCACAAAGGAGACAGCACCUUUGGAAGACAGAGAUGCAAAGUGUGUCGUCAUAAAACUCCAGUCAUGUGUACAACUUGCCAGUUGCAUUUAUGCUUUGUUCCAAAGCGUGACUGUUACAAUAAAUGGCAUGACAAAUUAACUGAAGAGUCUAAAAGAGAGUAAUGGCCAAGGUAUACACUGCACACUAGAGUUUGCAUAAAAAUGAAUGCAUAGCCAUCAAAGUAUACAAUAAUUGAUCACAUGCGUGAAUGCAGAUGGAGGACACAUAUCUAUAGAAAGUUCAAUUUUUGUCCAGCAUCUACACUUUUUCUCGAAAUUUGGCAGGUACAAAUAUUUUUGUACUCCUGUUGUGGAAAUUCUGACUUAAUAAAGUAAUAACCUAAUUGUGCAGACUGAGAAUGAAAAACCAGAGUUUUGUCUUGGUAUUGCUUUGAUUCUCUGAAGAGAAUGAUCUGGUUUACACACAAAGAGAUAACACACAGACUCUUUAUAGUAUGUAAAAAGAUACAUUGAAGGACAGAUUAGGACCUUUGAGCCAGUUAUGUUGCUUAAGAAUUUUUACUUAAAAAUACUUAGAGAUGCUAUUGGUACCAAUACCUGUAUGAUUCAGAGAUAUGGGACCUGAUGAUGAAAAGGUGCUUAAUAUUUAGUCAUACAACUUUGUAGACAUUAACAACACAUUGCCUGGUUGAAAUUAU